UCUCCCGUUAAUUUCUGUAUCCUUUUUGUCACACACAUAUUUUUUCGACAUUACAUACAAACGAUAGCAAUGGCUCACGUUAACCGUCUUCACAACGCCCGUGUGCUGGUUUUUGGAGGAACGUCAGGUAUAGGAUUCGGCGUGGCCAACCUCUGCAUCUCAGCCGGCGCGCACGUCAUCAUCUCAGGGUCCAAACAGCCAAAAGUCGACGCCAAAGUCCAGGAACUCAAAUCCUUCUACCCAUCGCUCCCCUCUGAGCAAGAAGUCCAAGGUUUCGCUGCCGAUCUAGGCGAUACGUCUAACCUGGAAGCCAACAUCAAGAGCGUGUUUGAAAAGGCCACCCAAGGCGGAAAGAAGAAACUCGAUCACGUCGUUAACUCGGCCGGAGAUGUAUUCAAGCUGCCAACGCUGGAAAAUGUUAGUGCGGAGACGGCGUUGAGUGGAUUCAACAUGCGUUGGCUUUCUGGCGUAUUCAUUGGGAAGCUCGUCGCUGGAGGAACGUAUAUGCAUGUUUCGGACUCGUCGUCCGUCACGCUCACGUCUGGUACCAAUUCCGAUAAGCCGGGUGUUGGGUUUUUUGUCGGUGCAUCUAUGGGCAGUGCAAUCGAAUCCUUGGGACGCUCGCUCGCGGUGGAAUUGAAGCCAAUCAGGGCGAAUGUCGUCUCGCCGGGAGCUGUGCAGACGCCAUUAUUGGAUGCGGUGUUCUCUCAAGCGGGAGACAAGAUGAAGGAAGAAUACAAGACGAAAGGUUCUUUACUGGGAACAUUUGGUACGCCGUACGACACUGCGGAGGCUUAUGGCUGGCUCAUGAAGGAUCAUUUCGUGACUGGAAUCAUAGCCAAGACUGAUGGCGGCAGGAUGCUGGUCUGA